AUGCUUUUCCGCGCCGCCAUGCCGUUUUCCAUCCCCCCCCCCCCCGCCACAUCACGAGGCCGAGGCAAUGCUUUUCCUCGAAGAAUCCCAGCCCAGGCAUGGACCCUGCUCAGCGGUCGUAAAGAAUCGGUGAAGAAGCCCACGCACCGGACUUUCUCCACUCGUCCACACCUUGCAAGCCGCGCCGACGACCAAGGCGAGAAGCCUCCGCUGAUGACUCAACAAUCGCAUGAGGCUAUCCUUCAGAACCCCCGCCGUACCAGCUCCAUUCCUGCUUGCCUUGGCCGUGCGACGAGCUGCAGUGGCCUGCAUGACAAGGCACGUUCCCGCUAA